GAGAGUUGCGUUUGGCAACGGCGAGUGACGUAUCAGGAAGUUUACAUACCGACAAGAAACACGAGGGCAUCUGUGAAUCUUCGUACACACGUUGAAGUAGGCUUUUGAAAUGUCUUCUAUUUUAAUAAAUGCCCUUUUAUCAAGUUGUCAUGAUCCGGAUACUUUGUUUAACACGUUGUGCUGGCCAAGUGAUCUGUGGCCGGAAACAGGAAGAGUAGAGGCACUGACAACGUUUAUUGAUGGGAUUGGUAAACUACCCCAGUCGGACACAUCUGACGAUGGCGACUUUUCAACUGCAAAAAGAGACAUCUUUCUACGAAAGGUUGAGUCGAUCAUUUGGACACAAUGUUUACCACUUCUCUUGAAAGUCUCGAACGGAGACAUGGCAUGCAAUGGUACAAGUGUGCAAGAUGGAAGGGGUGAAAUCACCAACGCUGUGUGCUGGCUUCUUUCUGUCUGCAUCAACACACUGUGUGACACGGCAGUUUCAGGGCGAGUCGCCCGCACUGUCCUGCCAUCCUUCCAGCUGCCAGACGGGGAGACGGAGGAAGAGCUUCCCGGUGAGGGGCGGCUGGGUAUCGACGUGGCUAUCGAAGCCAUGUCAGUCAUCCUACCCACUCUCUCAUCCAACGAAGAAUUGACCACGUCGAUCCUCUCAUCCGCCAUGUCCUGUAUAAAGACGUUAUCGGAUGCUCUGGUGUCCAAAAUCACCGUUCGGCUUAUUUUCACUCUCCUCAACUGCUACAGCGAGGAGAGGAUAGCGAGUACACUCCAAUUCAUCUUAGAGGAUCUGUGUAGCUGGCACAAGAGUGACAGCUCAAACACGAACUCACCUGUGGUGACAGAACGCACUUUGCUGUGUUUAACAGCUCUCUCCGACUAUCUCUUCCCGCCUGCUAAACUACAGCUGCACGCCCCUCCUCAAAGUCUGAGCUAUACUCGACCUGACCCUCGUCGUUCUCUGCAGUUCUGGAGGAUUCUACAAGAUGGACUGACCCACAAAGACAACGUGUCCCGGAAGCGGGCGUUGUACCUGCUGAAAAGGUGUGUCGCUCUGUCGGAGGAUGAGGCGGCCGAGUUUCCAAGCAGUUCAGUGUCAAUUGAAGAUGAUGAGAUCAUAUUCAGAUGGGCCCCAGACAGAAGCAAGUUGCUCAGAGAGUUCUGGGAGGACUAUGCCUUGGUUAUGGAGACACUGGAGGAGAACCAGAUUCAUGUGGUCCGCCCUGUGCUCAACAGAAUCCAUACCUUGAUCCAAACAGCAGCGAAUGAUAGUCAAGGCAUCAGUCUGUUCCACCCGUCAUGGCUGCUGGGUGUGUACCAACGUAUGUUUCACAGUGAGAACAAGUCCGUCAUGAGAGAGGGAGUGUGUCACCUUCUGGAACUCCAGGUGCUCCGACGCCCUGCCUUCGCCCUGGCCUUCUCACAGUUCAUUGUGGGUCCUUUUAUGGAUGUGAUGUCUGAAAGCUCCCUCUUUCACAGGACUGCAGGCCAGAGUGUAGGAGAGUGUCCUGAGCUGGGAGUCAAGCUGCAGGUCUUCAUGGUCAGGUUCUUCAGCAGCCUGCCACAGGAGAACAGAGGUCCUGUGUUGCUGCAGCUUGUCCAGGGGCUAGGCUCUCAACACUGGUGUUCUGUCCCCAUCCUCUUCCUCUCUCAGGCCCUGUCCCACCUCCCUCCCUGCCCUCUCCUGGGCCCUGACGGCCUGCACGCUCUCAGGGAGGUGCUUCGCUCCACCAUGAUCACCCACCAGGUGCUACUGAGAGGAGCGGCACAGUGUUUCCUGCUAAACACCGCCCUCUCCCUGACAGAUGUGACCUCAGUGACGUUGGAUAAUGUGUUUAGUUUGCUGGUGCACUUCAGAGCAGACGAGUCUCUAUGUAGAGGGACAGUACUCUGGAAUCAGCUGUGUGACUGGCUGGCUGAAAGUGAAGGCAGCUUCAGGCCCUGUGUCAGAGAAUCAGGUGAUGGUACCAGUACCAGUACUUCUCCAGAGAGAGAGACUGUGAGAGGCUACGUCCAACAACAGAUGGAGGCCUUCCUCAGAGUCCCGGCUAGCACAGAGCAGACAGACAGUGUACCAGACCCAGGAGAGGCUGAGCUGCUAGCCAGGGCCAUCCUACUGUGUGUUGACACAGAGGAGAGGACUCAGAGGAGUUCUGGAGGAGAGGAGACUACUGGUGUCAGCAGUGGGAUGGAGUCUGUCUUACGCCCCCUACUGGACACACUGAGCAGGCUCCACACUAAUGUCUACCUGCCGCUACGCAAGACUGACAAGAGCCUGCAGCUGCUGCUACGACUACUGCAGCUCACACGCUCCAGACACACCCCUGCUGCAGUACUGCAGCUCACACGCUCCAGACACACCCCUGCUGCAGUACUGCAGCUCACACGCUCCAGACACACCCCUGCUGCAGUACUGCAGCUCACACGCUCCAGACACACCCCUGCUGCAGUACUGCAGCCAGAGAAAGAGCAAGAGGACAGUGUGACGGUCUCCAUGGAAACGCUGAUUCUGGGCGUGGUGGAGCCCAUACAGGAGUUCAUCCUCCGAAGACUGAGUGGAGAACUGCAGGAGCUAUGUGAUGUAGAGCGUGCUGAGCUCUACCUGUCGGUGCUGAAGGAGGUGGUGCUGAUGUACAGUGUGUUAGAGUGGAACCACUCCAAUGUACAGGCCUAUUUCCCCAGACUCCUCAGAUACGUCCUGAGGACCCUAGAAGUUGACCAGAUCCCCUCUGUGGCGGGUCAGGUGUCCAGGGCGGUUGCCAUGGCGUCGUUGGCCAUGACCUGUGAGGUUGCAGCGCUGGGAGUGUUCAACCUCCAAUCAGAGACCAUGAUUCUACUGGUCGAUCUGUGUUGCUACUUCUACUCCCCUGCUCCACCCCCAGCCCCUCCUCUCUCUCUGGCCAACUUCAACCAGACCCUGCUGAAACCUCCCACUGCAGAUCAGUCAACAGGUGUUUCAGAGCAGGGUCCUCUCCUCCAGGACUGGGGCCGAAUGGCAGCUCAUUUCAUCCGGGACCAGUGGACGUGCCUGGGCUACGGGAGGAGGAUAGGACCCCCCGGGCCCAUGGAGCUCCCCAGGGCGUCAGGGUCUCUCCAGGCUGCUAUAGAGGCCCUGUCUCUGCUACCCAGUGGCCUGGUACUGCCUGUACUGGACUUCAUGGCCUCCAUGUUGCCACAGGUGGCACUGUCUGAGGAGGCCCUCUGUGUAGAGGCUGUGACUGUCUCCUGGAAGUUGGUGCUGGGACUGAGCAGUAACCCUCAUGAAUUCUGGCCCACCCUGCAGGGCUUUGUGUCCAUGGCCUUUCACCACAGCCUGUUGGCGUUAACAGAGGAGCAGGCACCUGUGCUCACUGCUAUUCUACAACAGAUAGCUGUUGAGCUGACGGACCUCUCCCAGGCCAAGACCGGUGUAUUCAACGUGCUGAUCCAACACUGCUGCCACACCUGGCUGCCCUCUGACCCAGGAAGUGAAGGCCAGAGCCAAUCAGACGCCAUGUUCUCCAGUGCCCUACUGCACCCUGACAUCCUGACUGAGGCAUGUGUGUAUGGACCCGUGUUCAGGAGGGACCAAAGGCUGAUCCAGGAGGUCCAGGUCUAUGUGGAGGGGCUUGGAGAGGAGUGUGCUGCUAACACCACUGUCCCCAGUGACAACAGGGAUGACCAGUUCCCACGUGUGUGUGUCCUGGCGUUCCUCAGCCGCCUCCAGCCCUCUAAUCAGCUGCAUGAGAGACUGAUGGAAGAGCUGGUUCUCCGCUUGCUGAAGAAGGAUGAGGCCAUAUCUAAGUCGAAACAGCGUUACUAUAGCAACUCCCUGCAGCAUCGCGUGAAGAACAGGGUGUGGCAGACACUGCUGAUGCUGCUACCCAAACUGAGAGCGGAGUUUGUAGGUAGCAUUCUGGGUCGUGUGUUUGAGGCAGGCUUCGUCAGUAACCAGGCCUCAGUCAAGUACCUGAUAGAGUGGAAGAUGGUUCUAAUCCUAGUCCAGUACCCUGAACACAUAGACCGACUCUGGGCCUGCUUCGCUGUGGACCAAGAGAAGACCAAGACCAGUAUCUGUACCUUCCUGUCUGUGUUGGUCCACCUCAACAUCAUCAUGCCUAAACUCAAGGAGAAGGCAGUACAGUGGCGUAAGGCCCUGGAUGUUAUCCUCCAGUGGUGUUUCAGCCAUAACUUCAGUGUUCGCCUGUACGCCCUGCUGGCCUUGAAGAGGGUGUGGGGUCUGGAGGGGGCGAGGGCCGAGGAGGGGCCGGACGGGCUCGGGGGGCUGGCCACCGUCGUUAAGGCCUGCCUGCACCAGGCUGAGGCUAUGCAGAGUACUGGAAAUGCCAAUAAGAACUGGAGCAGGAUUCAGCAACACUUCUUCUUUGGUGCCUUUCAUCCUGUUAGAGACUAUAGUGUGGAAACCAUAUUCUACACGUUCCCCAGCCUAUCAGAGGUGUGUGAGGAUGAGUGGAUUCUGCCCUGGAAGUUUGAGAAGCUGGUGGACUUCUCCCAGAGUGCAUCUCUCCCGUUGAGGAACCCUGUUCCUGACCUGAGCCAGAUUCAGCCUGGAGACUGGAUCCAGCAGGAUAAAGGUGAUCAGGAUGGUGAGGAGCGCUGGGCCGAGGUCCAGAAGAAGAUGACCCCUUGGAGGUUGGGGAUCCAGGAACAGGAGCCAGAGCUGGGUCUGGUGCCCCAGCAGAGAGCAGCACGCCUGGGCAAGCUGCACAGUGCCCUGCUGGUGGUCGCCUCGCUCAUAGACAAGCCCACCAACCUGGGAGGAUGUCUGCCUCAACCGCAUGCCUGCCUCCUCCUGGCUCCUCCUGCCUCCUCCUGGCUGAUCUGGGGAUUUCCAAGUUAAGCUAGCGCCCUUAAGACACUACAUUAUCUUUUAAAACAUUAAUUUUUAAACAUUAACCUUUCUUACUCCACUCAAUUCUAAUCUUACUCCAACCUAACUUAUUACUCCCAUUGCAUCUUAAACAUCCAACAUUUUAAACAUUUCAUCAUUACAACAUUUCAACAUGAUAACAUUUCGAUAUUACACCACUUCCUUAUCAACCUCCUACAGGCCCUACAGCCCUGUCAUCCAAGCCUCUUAAACAUAUCCCAAAUAUACUGUACCUUAAAAACAACCAUCAUUAUAACAGUCUUAACCAUUUUACUGCAUUUCUUUAAUCAUCCUUUAUUAUCUCCCACUGUGUAUUUCCCAAUGUUUUCAUCCUUUAACAUUUAACAUAUUUAACCUUUAAUUAUUAUCUUGAUAAAUUCCAGUCCCAGUUCAUUUCUUCUUCUCUUUAAUCGAUGUCAAUUCUCUCUCAACGUUCAUUCUUCUUUGUGCUCCAUGUGUGAGUGAAAGUGAAACCUGUUCAUGAGUGUGUGUGUGUGGUUUUAUGCAAGUGGGGCGUUCCUACUUCCUACAUCCUACUUCUGCCCUCUGUCACUAAAAUGUCACAGAAAACUGGGCUGCUAUUCUUGACACCUGAAAAGUAUCUUCUUUCAUAGUUCUCCUUAUCACACCUCUUCUUGCCUCCGUCCUGCUUGACUGAGGGGGAGCAUGCUAAAUAAAGUAUUAAUCAAGUAAGAAUGGUCUAGUAGAGGUG